AAAUCCUAACUUUUCCCUUUUCUGCUUUACUCAAUCAUUAUUAAGACAACACUCAUAUAAGAUUUGAAGGCAUGAUUCAACCAUAUAUUCAACCUCUAUGAUUAUUAAAAUAACUUAUCUCUCUCUCAAAUAUACAUAUAUAUAUAUAUAAAGUAGGUUAUUCAAGGAUGACAUUGAUAUUAAGAUAUUGUCGGAUGCUUACUCAAUUGCCAGAGGGUAUCGUGAAUUUAGUUGACUUGCUUCAUCUUGAUAUUACUGAUACAGUGAGUUUAAAGGAGUUACCAUCAAGAAUUGGCGGGCUGACAAAUCUUUUGACUCUGCCCAAAUUUGUUAUUGGAGGUGAGCUGAGACUAGGAGAGUUGAAAAACUUGAAGCAACUUCAAGGCGAUCUACUCAUCUCAAAUCUACAUAAAGUCUCAGAUUUUCGAGAUGCUAGUGAAGCCAACCUUCAUGAGAUUGAGGGCCUUGAUAAUUUAAUCUUGCAAUGGACUGAUGAUUUCCAAACUUCACGAAAUGUAAGCAAUGAAGAUAAGGUACUCUGUCAGUUGAAACCUCAUUGCAAUUUGAAGAGGUUUACAAUUGCGUUCUUUGGUGGAUUGGAAUUUCCAUCUUGGAUAGGUGAUCCAUCAUUCUCCAAAUUGGAGUACCUGGUACUAUGUGGUUGUCAAAACAUCACUUUAUUACCACCCCUUGGGCAAUUACCAUUACUAAAAGAAUUGAUCAUAAGAGGCAUGCCUGAGUUUACUGGAGAUAACUCCUUUUCUGGUAGUUUUUCAUCACUAGAGAAGCUGACAUUGGAGGACUGUCCCAAGUUGAUUGGAAAAUUACUUAGCCACCUUCCUUUUCUCAAAAUUCUCAUGAUUAGAAAUUGUCCUCAAUUAAGUUAUUCACUACUGAGUCUCCCAUCACUUGGAAAGUUGGAAAUAACAGGUUGUAAUGAGGUAGUUCUUAGGAACAUGAUGGAUGUCACUUGCCUCACCUCUUUGAUGAUUAAGAGAAUUCCAAAGCUUGCUUGCUUGCCUAAAAGCAUAACACAGUUCUUGACAGCUGUUGAAAUAGUAGACAUUAAAGAAUGUGAUGAAAUUACUUGCUUGUGGGAGGACGAAGCCAACCUUGCCAGUCUUAAGUGUCUGAGGAUUCAGAAGUGCCAUCUACUUGAUUGCCUGCCUAAUGGAUUGCAUGCUCUCACUUGCCUUAAGGAAUUGUCCAUACAAAAGUGCAAAAAAUUUGUGCGCUUUCCAGUAACUGGCUUGCCAUUACAGCUCAAAAAGCUUCAGCUUGAGGAUUUGGUGGUUUUGGAGUCAUUGCCUGAUGGAUUGAUGAAAAUUGGGGAUGGAGGCAACAAUAUGCUACAAGUUGAAGAAUUAGUCAUUAAAGGAUGUAAGCAGCUCAAAUCUUUUCCCAGAGACAAGUUACCCAGCACUCUGAAAAGUUCCAAAUUACCAAGUGCUCUUAAGAGGCUGGAAAUUAAGGAGUGCAAGCAAUUGGAGUCACUUCCAGACAGGUUGCUGCAGGAUUGUACACAACUUGAAGAGAUGCGGAUUGAGUUUGUGGAAAAUCUCAGAAGCUUACCUAUUGAUUUCAUGCACAACCUCAGCAGUCUUGUUGAAUUAGAGUUAAAUUCUUGUGAAGGUUUAGAGUCCUUGCCAGAAAUCGACCCGUCGUCUGUCCCCAAUCUUAAAACUUUGGAGAUUUACAAUUUGAAGAAUCUCAAGUCUUUACCCAAUGAGAUGUGCAACCUCACAUCCAUUCGACAUUUAAUCAUAAAGGAUUGUCCAGGUAUUGCAUCCAUACCAGAAAGAGGUUUUCCUUUAAACCUCAAAACACUUGAAAUCAAUGGUGAAGGCUUGAGGCAGUCAAUGUUAGAGUGGGGCCUCGACAGGCUUACCUCACUUGAAUCAUUUGAAAUUGGGGACAUAUGUCCUCCGGAUAACUUGCAGCUUCCGAAGUCUCUAAAAAGUCUUACUAUAAUAAGGAUGAGUAAUUUGAAAUCCAUACCAAAAGACCUCCUUCAAAACCUCCAUUCUCUCGAGAAUUUAUGUUUUUAUUUAUGCCCACAGCUUCAAUCCUUCCCUAAGGAAGGCCUACCCACCUCACUUCAAAGGUUCGUGGUCCUUGGCUGUCCUCUUCUGAAAGAACGGUGCUUGGAGGAGAAAGGAGACUAUUGGCCUCUCAUAGCCAACAUCCCUUACGUUAUGCUUUAAGACUAAAUUGGAGUCAGGUCUUGCAGUUGGUAUGGAGUUUUCUGUCAUGCCUCAAUCUUAACCUAUUCAUGAUCCAUUUGUUUGCAAAAACAAAUUUGUAUUUUGAGAAAAGAUGUUUGACAUGGAUUCUACCAUAUUCUAGUACAUCUAUUGAAGAGUAACUUGGAUAAUUUAGCUUUUUGACAUGUGGGGUUGGCCGUUGGUGCUGUGAGGGCAUUUGAAGAUGAAAAGUCUGAAGAUACCUAAAAGCUGAAUUUGUUGUGAAACUGCUUCUGUAGAUGUUGGAAACCAAAGGCAGGACAUGUGGCACAAUGAUGAGCUUUGGUUAUUAAGUUAAUGGUAAAGAACUAGGGUGGUCUUGAAUACAAACAUUACUUUGUACUCUCAUUAUAACAUGACCCACAAAUUCUUAAGUAUAUAUAUGCUUAGAGUGUGUGUGAUCAGUAACAUGUAUCCUCCGUUGAACAAAUUAGUAGAGGUUUCACCUUCAAAUAAUGUUCGAGUGAUUCUGUUGAAGUGGUUUCAUAUGGUCAUAUUUUCAUGUGUGAAAGAAUUUAUGGUUAGAGAGUAAAUGGUGUUUUUGUUU